AUGGCGGCUGAACAGAGAAAAUUGCUGGAACAGCUCAUGGGAGCGGACCAGCUCAUUGGUACUGGUGGCCAGGGUCGCAAUGCCCAACUUGCAAUUACAGACCCCAAAGUCUGCCGUUCCUACCUGGUCGGGACCUGCCCGCACGACCUUUUUACGAACACCAAGCAAGACCUCGGUCCUUGCCCCAAGGUGCACAGCGAGGGACUGAAAACAGAGUACGAUACUGCUUCGUCUGCGGAGAAGGCCAAAUGGGGAUUUGACUUCGAUUACAUGCGCGACAUGCAGAAGUACAUCGAUGAUUGCGACCGCAGGAUCGACACUGCGCAGCGCCGGUUGGAGAAAACCCCGGAUGAGAUUCGGCAAACGAACAAUCUUCUGAAACAAAUCGCCGACCUAAGCAACACUAUCAACACCGGACUCCUCGAGGUCUCCGUCUUGGGUGAGACCGGCUCUGUCGCAGUGGCUAUGAAUGAAAUGCAUAAGAUCCGGACCGCAAAGCACCAGAAGGAGAAUGCAGAGCGGGAUCUGAAGAAUUUGCAGGAUACCUCUGGACCGUCUGGACACCAGAAACUGCAAGUCUGCGACGUCUGUGGUGCCUACCUGAGUCGACUUGAUAACGACCGACGAUUGGCGGACCACUUCUUCGGUAAAAUGCACAUGGGUUACUCAGAUAUGCGCAAGACGUUCAAGAAACUUAGCUCCGAGCUGAAAGGUCGGGCACCGCCUGUACGCCACCACGAGGAUGACGACCCAUAUAGCGGAGGAGGCCGUUCGGGACGGGGUCCUCGAUAUGGCGGUGGGGGUGGUGGAGGAUACCGACGCCGAGGUGGAAGAUGGUAG